AUGCUUUCCACUGGGGAGCGACCUCAACCACCGGUUACGCCAGCCGUAGUUUCCGCCAGUGUGCCCUUGAGCACACACAUCAUGCCCCUCCAGGGCUCAUCCGCCAUGCCCUCCGAACUGCACACCGAGAACUCUACCGUCUCAUCGCAGACCCAGCACAUCUGGGUCGUGACCGGCCCUGCGGGGUGUGGAAAGAGUACAGUGGGCCAGGCGCUGCGCAAGGAAUUGGGAGUGCCAUUUCUGGAAGGGGAUGAUUACCACCCGAAGGCCAACAAGGACAAAAUGGGCAACGGCAUCCCUCUCACCGACGAAGACCGCUGGGACUGGCUCAUCUCCCUGCGCAAAGCCGCAAUCGACGCUCUUUCCCCCUCCGAGUCCAAUAACUUCCAGCCUCCCACCGGCGUCGUUGUUGCCUGCUCCGCCUUGAAACAGAAGUACCGCGAUGUCAUGCGCGUUGCUGCCUACGGCUCGCCCUCGGUCCAGAUCCACUUUGUCUACCUCAAGUUGAGCGAGGAUGUUCUCAUGCAGCGAGUCAGCCAGCGAAAGGCUCAUUACAUGAAGAGCGAUAUGGUCCGCUCGCAGCUGCAGGCACUGGAGGAGCCCAAGGGCGAGUGGGAUGCCAUUACGAUCAACGUGGAGGGCUCGCAGCAGCAGGUAGAGGAAAACGUCCUCAAAGCCGUUGCUGCCAAGCUGUCUGAGAUGAAAUGA